AUGCGCACUCUGCCGAAAGCUAAGCGAGUUGUGGCCUCAAGACCAAACUCAGAUUGGCCUAUCUGGAACUUGCUGUCGUCAGUUUCUACCAACAACCCUCUCUCAAUCAGUAUCCAACAGAAUCUUCAAUCAACCAUGAGCGACACCCCCUCUGGACGAUUCAAGAUCGCCAAUGUCGCGUAUCCAUACCGGUACGUCUCCAUGUCAGACAACAAGCAGUUCGUCGGCCAGGACGAUGGCAACAUGAUCCAAGUCGACGUCAUAGACAACGUUAAAGGUCUUGUGACACUCUAUGAUGGUUCGGUAGGUGUGUACAUUGGGGUCGACUUACAGAAAAACAGAGUCGUAGCCUACGACGAUCCCCAGGUGCUCCAGUUGUCCGCUGCCGGCAAUGGUAGUUAUCUGAUCCAUCCACAGGACCAGGAUAAAGUCUGGGUUCUCGACAACGACGUCAUCGGGACCGCGAUCAGUGUUGAGCCAGCUCCCGGCUCAAACAAGAAGUAUUGGACGUUCGAGAUGUUGGAAUAGGCGCUUUGAAAUGAAAGGAGACCCAAGUGGCAGCCGUCAGCUGCUGAUGCUCUGACUCGUCCGUCAUAGAAUUCUUGUAUGAUUAGCUCGCGGUCGUGAUGUAUGCAAAAUGUGUUUGUGAUUUUCCGUGAUGAGACAGUGAAAUGUCCCAGUGUUCGCCUGCCAAAGAUGUGCCGCGAGUCUCGCCCGAUUGUCCCAUCCUCGCUGAGAAAUAUUGCACUGUGUGACCAUCAACGACAACUCCCUUGAAUGGGCGCUGGUGGCGUUGGACAUAGCAAUACCACAGGAAGAUAGCCUCGUCUGGAACCAGGAGUUCUUCGACCAUGCACGAUAUCCCUUUCAGUAUUUCUGCCCCAUCCAUCGUUACUUGAUCAGUCACUAACCGUUGGAACGGGGGU